UGCAGGUUACUGGGUGGGGGGUGACGGGGUCGGACCUGCGCGGGGCGAGGAGUGGGCAGACGCUUGAGGCCGGCAGGACCCCCGUCCCCAGUGGGGGAAGGCUGAACGUAGACGGGCUCCUGGUGCACUUCCCCUAUGACUACAUCUACCCGGAGCAGUUCUCCUACAUGCUGGAGCUCAAGCGCACCCUGGAUGCCAAGGGUCACGGGGUCCUCGAGAUGCCCUCCGGCACCGGCAAGACCAUCUCCCUCCUGGCUUUGAUCGUGGCGUACCAACGGGCGCACCCCCUGGAAGUGACCAAGCUCAUCUAUUGCUCCCGGACCGUGCCCGAGAUCGAGAAGGUGAUUGAGGAGCUGCGGAAGCUCAUGGACUCCUUCGAGAAGCAGGAGGGUGAGAAGGUCCCCUUCCUGGGCCUGGCCUUGAGCUCCCGCAAGAACCUGUGUAUUCACCCCGAGGUGACCCCCUUGCGGUUUGGGAAGGACGUGGACGGGAAGUGUCACAGCCUGACGGCCUCCUACGUGCGGGCCCAGCGCCAGCAGGACGCCAGCGUCCCUCACUGCCAGUUCUAUGAGGAGUUUGACGCCCUGGGCCGGCAGGCGCCCAUCCCCUGGGGCAUCUACAACCUGGACGACCUGAAGGCCUUUGGGCGGCAGAAGGGCUGGUGCCCGUACUUCCUGGCCCGCUACUCAAUCCUGCACGCCAACGUGAUUGUCUACAGCUACCACUACCUCCUGGACCCCAAGAUCGCCGACCUGGUCUCCAAAGAGCUGGCCCGCAAGGCCGUGGUGGUCUUUGACGAGGCGCACAACAUCGACAACGUGUGCAUCGACUCCAUGAGCGUGAACCUCACCCGCCGCACCCUGGACCGUUGCCAGAACAACCUGGAGACGCUGCAGCGCACGGUGCACAAGAUCAAGGAGACAGAUGAGAAGCGCCUGCGGGAGGAAUACCGCCGCCUGGUGGAGGGCCUGCGAGAGGCCAGCCUGGCCCGCGAGACGGACGCCCACCUGGCCAACCCCGUCCUCCCGGACGAGGUGCUACAGGAGGCCGUGCCCGGCUCCAUCCGCACGGCAGAGCACUUCCUGGGCUUCCUGCGGCGCCUGCUGGAGUACGUGAAGUGGCGUCUGCGCACCCAGCACGUGGUGCAGGAGAGCCCGCCGGCCUUCCUGGGGGGCCUGGCCCACCGCGUCUGCAUCCAGCGCAAGCCCUUGCGGUUCUGCGCCGAGCGGCUGAGGUCCCUGCUGCACACGCUGGAGAUCGCGGACAUGGCCGACUUCUCCCCCCUCACCCUCCUCUCCAACUUUGCCACGCUGGUCAGCACCUACUCCCGAGGCUUCACCAUCAUCAUCGAGCCCUUUGACGAGAGGACCCCAACCAUCGCCAACCCCGUCCUGCAUUUCAGCUGCAUGGACGCCUCCCUGGCCAUCAAGCCAGUGUUUGAGCGUUUCCAGUCUGUGAUCAUCACGUCAGGGACGCUGUCGCCCUUGGACAUCUACCCCAAGAUACUGGACUUCCACCCCGUCACCAUGGCGACCUUCACCAUGACCCUCGCCCGCGUCUGCCUCUGCCCCAUGAUCGUCGGCCGAGGCAAUGACCAGGUGGCCAUCAGCUCCAAGUUUGAGACCAGGGAGGACAUCGCCGUGAUCCGGAAUUACGGGAACCUGCUCCUGGAGAUGUCCGCCGUGGUCCCCGACGGGAUCGUCGCCUUCUUUACCAGCUACCAGUACAUGGAGAGCACUGUGGCUGCCUGGUAUGAGCAGGGCAUCCUGGAGAACAUCCAGCGGAACAAGCUCCUGUUCAUCGAGACCCAGGAUGGAGCCGAGACGAGCGUGGCCCUGGAGAAGUACCAGGAGGCCUGCGAGAACGGCCGAGGGGCCAUCCUGCUCUCCGUGGCCAGGGGCAAGGUGUCUGAGGGCAUCGACUUCGUCCACCACUACGGCCGGGCCGUCAUCAUGUUCGGGGUCCCCUACGUCUACACCCAGAGCCGGAUCCUCAAGGCCCGCCUGGAGUUUCUCCGUGACCAGUUCCAGAUCCGAGAGAAUGACUUCUUGACCUUCGAUGCCAUGAGACAUGCGGCCCAGUGUGUGGGCCGCGCCAUCCGGGGCAAGACUGACUAUGGGCUCAUGAUCUUUGCUGACAAGCGCUUUGCGCGGGCUGACAAGCGUGGGAAGCUCCCUCGCUGGAUUCAAGAGCACCUGACCGACGCCAACCUCAACCUGACCGUGGACGAGGGCGUCCAAGUGGCCAAGUACUUCCUGAGGCAGAUGGCCCAGCCCUUCCACAGGGAGGACCAGCUGGGCCUGUCCUUGCUGAGCCUGGAGCAGCUUCAGUCGGAGGAGACCCUGCGGCGAAUAGAGCAGAUCGCCCAGCAGCUGUGACGGGCAGCCCGAGGCGGGAAGUGAAGUUUUUGGCUAUUUUUUUAAGACUUGCCUCUUCUCUGGGAGGGACCGUCUCCCCGGGGCCCUGCAGCCCCCGGGGGCAGUCGGGAAGACCCGGGGUCAGAGGCCGCCUGGAUCCUGACCGGCCUCCUGGUCUCCUUUUGUAAAGUGGGGGGCUCACAAUGGGCGCCUCCCUGAGGGCCAGAACCAGACACCGUUGGUCAAGAGCUUCCCCUGCCCCAACGCCGCCCGGGGCUGCCCUUGUCACCUGGGGGGAAGGUGACCUUUCUAGGGGGAAGCGGCUCCCCCGGGAAGUGAGGGGGCCUGGGAUGGAUCAGCCUGAGCCGCUUCCUUCUCUAGAGAUGGAGGCUUCGAGUUUUUUGACCUCUCUUUUGCUGAGGCAGGUGGGGUUAAGUGACUUGCCCAGGGUCACACAGCCGGGAAGUGUGAGACCAGAUUUGAACGGUCCUCCCGACUCCAGGGCUGGUGCUCCUGCUGCCCACCUCGCUGCCCCGGCCGCUUCCUUUUUCACACAGGGAGCGGGGGCGACCCCCCCACGGCCACAGAGAGCGGGGGCGAGGUACAAGGUCUAGUCCCAGCCCCUCGGGAAGAUGGGAAAGGAUCCAGAGACAUCUGCCGGAGUAACUGAAUCUUUUAUUAUUAAAGCCAGUGCGUUAUUCAUAAAA